AGAAGUACACCUAUAAUAAUACAAAUAUCUUCCAAAGGAGCACGCUACUUGUCGACCAUAUUUGUGGCGCCAACUGUGAUGAUACAGACAUAACUUCACCUCUCUCAAUCUACUAGAUAAGGGAUGAAUACAGGAACAAAAGCAAUUACUUUUCAAAAUUGACAAUUCAAUCGACAUUUUUUACAAUAACCGUACUUAACGAACAAGAAGUUAAAUGUAAUUAUGAUUCUCACGUAAUUCCCCCAAAAAUUGAUUACUUGUGUAUAAAAUGGCUGCGAAAACUGACCAAAUGCCAGAAGCAUCAACAGCUGCUAAUAUCGAUGUUAGCCUACGAAUUUCUCUCGCUCAAAUGCUCGACCUUGCUCUCGGAGCACCAGAAGUUGGCGCGGUUAAUUUUAAUAUUCUUCAUAAUUUCCUCUAUGUCUUGUUGCAUCAAGUAAAUUUGCAGGCUAUCAACGUUGAGUAUCGUGGCGAAAAUGCGAAUCGUAUUAAAAGGAUAGUAACGUCUCUGAAACCGAGUCCUGCUUUUCCCGAAUAUGAUGCUACCGACAAAGUAUUGCUACAAAAAGAUGGUACAGACGUUGACAUAUUUAAAGAUAUUGAACUAUUUGCAGAGGAAAUUUUGAAAGUGACAAAUGAUGUGGGGCAACAAGAUUUUCAGAAAGUUCCGAUGGUUGUGGGCGGUAUUCCUUCAGUAUCAGCGUUCAAAGAGCUUGAACAAUCUGUAAAACAAUUGCAACAGCAGUAUCAGGCUUUGGAAGAUUUGUCUACAUCUUCGGAAAUAGUCGAAGGUUUAAAGGAAAGAAUCGCAGACCCUAAAGCGGAUUUGUGGCAAUUUAUUAACAUCAAUAAGAGAUUGGACACUAACGAACAAGGUAUCGAUAAGCUUACGGCGACGGUACAAGAUAUGAUCAAAGGUGAGGCUGACGUGGCAAUAUCAACAGACACAUCUUUAAUUAAGACGAAAUUGGAUGAACUCGAAGAUAAAAUCUCUAAGAUGGAGCAAUGGCUCAUUCAUCUGCAAACAAUUACCGAUAUCCUAACCGAGGAUUUAAUCGCGCCAACUGAUGUAAAAGCAGAAGUAAAAUCAGAAAUGGAAGAUUCAGAAACAACAGAACCCGCAGCAAUUGAGGAUGCGAUCAUACCAACGCGUGAAAAAGAAGAAAGGACGAAGGAAAUAUCUACAGCAGCAGCUGAUAAAAUACGUAAAGCAAAAGUAGCUGAUAAGCUUGUUCCAACAGCCUUUAUGGGUAAUAAGCUUCGUUUCAUAACAAUUAGUGUAACGUCAAAUUUAAUUUUUUAAACAUUAGAAAUAUCUUUAGAUGGGACUGCCAUAGCAGAAAUACGCCAAGAUGUUACCGCAUUAAAAACAGAUGUAGCUCGUAUAAAACAGGAAUUACAAGAUCUCAACGAAAGAGUUUCCUCGGUUGUCGAUGCGCCAACGGUAAAAGAAAGGCCUGUUUUUGAUAAAUCGAUUAAAGUACCACAAGAAAUUGUCAGUGCGCCAUCGGUACAAGACAAACCUGUUGAAGAACCGAUUGAAGAUAAAGAAAAAAUAACCGAUGUGAAUGAAAUCGCGAAGUUGAACCAAUAUGUGGAAGCUGUAAAAAAUAUAGAAACAACGCACGGCAAAGCUUUGCACGAUGUUACGCAACGCGUAGUUGUAUUGGAGACAGAAAUUGGACAUUUGUUAGAAAAAGUGGAUAGUACACAAAAAGCUGAGAAGACAGACAAAGCCGACAUUACCAACCUUGUUACAAAAGUGCAAAAUAUUGAAAUGGAUAUGGAGAAAAUUGAACAAGUGAUGGCCACAUUGCUCAAUGACAAGGAAAAACAGGAAACGCACAUCAAUACUCUACUGGAACAAAUAGAAUUUCUAAAAACUGUUAAAGCAAGCAAAGAAGAUCUCGAAGAUGCUUUAGCCGACAAAGCGGAUACUCAAACUGUGAACCGAAAGGUGUCACAUGAUCAAUUUGAUGCUGUUUGCGAUGAUCUCGCUCAUGGUCUCGAAGAGGCAAUCGACAAAUUAACCAAACAAGAAUCGAUUUGGCAACAAGCACUUGAUGAAGUGCAGAGUGAAAUCGCGACCAAGGUGGACAAAAUCGAGAUGAUGCCAUUGAAGGACUUUGUAAAUAAUAAAUUAAAAUCGCUUCAAGAAAAAUUGAAGAUUAUGACUGAAGCGAGACGAGAGAUCGAGGCGGCAGGAACGAAGAAGCUGCUUAGAGAUGUCCAAUGUAUAUCAUGCGACAAAGAUGUUGUAAUGAAGACAGAGGAAGUCGCUAGAUUUCGUGCCGAUUCUUUACCUUGCACUACCAGCGUGAAACCCUAUCUCACGUACAAGUUAGAUCAAAUUAGAAAAUGCCAGAAAAGAUUGCCUUACGGCAGAAAUAUGAUCCAAUUUGAAGCAGCCGUACAAGCGGAGAUAAAAAAGAUAAAAGCGAAGGAAGAGAUGCUCGCGAAAACUCCUAGAGAUCAUCUGAGCAAUCGGUACUGCGGCGGGAGUCACACAAUCACGACUCCUCAGCAAAGAGUCAUGCGGACGGGAUAUUUCCUUACUCAAUGGGGGCCUGAGACGAUACAAUUAACGGACGGUUUGAUAAAGGGGAAAGACGGUCAAAUGUAUCGUAGUCGACCCACGUCGGGUAAACCGGACGUUUGCAGACCAGCUUGUUGGGAAAGUCAAAUUAGCGAGGAAAUUGUACCCUCGGAAUCUGCUUCGACAGUGCCUAAAUCUCUGUCAACCCGACGAAAUAGCGCUGGAAACAGUGAUUGAAUAAUAUAACACCUUUCAUUCAGAGAGUUUACCACAUUUGCUAGAGUUGUAAUUAAAUUGAAUUAAAUAUUAUGUUGAAAUAUGUCAUGUAAUUAUUAUAAUUAUUAUUGUUAUCCGAUCUGUGUAAUACAUCAAGAGUACAUUUUUUGUACUCAUUUUGUUAUACAUUAUAGAAAAACGGAGUUUGAGGAAACAAUCUAAAGAACGAAAAGUAUCUUGAAGGAACUUGAGAAAAAUUCAGUAUGUUUUAUAGGCUUUAUUUAUUUUAUUAUUGAAGAUAUAAUUGAAAAUUUGAAAACUUUUUAUGCAAUUUCAUUCAAACAAAUUACAAUUUUUUAUUCAGCACAGAUGAUAGAAACAAAUCAAGCCACAUUUCCACAAGAAAAUGGCAACUACUCGCCACUCAUUUUAAUUUAAAACAUGGAUAAGAAUUAAACGAAACCAAUGGAGGGAGAAGAACAGAAUAAAUUAAAUUAAAUAUACCUAGUAAAAAAUGUAUAUAACUAAUCUAAUUCAGUUGACAUAGAUACUUUUAUGUAUUCUUCGAAAUAAUAGGCAUUUAUACAAUCUUGUAAAAUUUUUACGCACAAAAUCCUCUAUUGUCAUGUAAAAAGAUUUUCUUGGAUUGUUUAAAUGAAACGAUUUACCAAAUUGUGACUGUCAAACUGGAGUUAUUAGUUAUUUUAUUAUUAAGAGAAAUUUCCAGAGUACACAAGAUUACCUAUUGAAGUCAAUUUGGAACAUCGGUGGUCUGUUUGCUAAAACAAAAAUAUUAGAUCGCACUUCACGUUUACGGCCGUACGAGAAUAUUGCGACCGCGUCAGAAUAUUGCACAUCGCCAUCCGGAAUUCCUUUUUUUACGCAAAGGGCGCAUACACAGCGCUCAAGAUAUUUUGUUGGACUCACUUUUGCUCGAUCUUACUUUAUGUAUUCUACAAACGAGAACUAUGCGCGC